UCACCGUGGACAGUUGAGGAGUUGACAUUCGUUCCCUCGCAGUUUUUUUUUUUUUUUUUGGCGCCAAAAUCUGCCAUCAUUCAUUGAGUUAGGGUUUUUACACUAUUGAUGCGAGGAUUAUUUUUGGGAUUACAAUGGACACAGGAAUUGCUCUCGAUUCCCCUACCAUUAAGCCCAUUAACAAAGGUAUUGUCCACCGAAUUUGCGCAGGCCAAGUGAUUCUUGACCUUUCUUCCGCCGUCAAGGAGUUAGUCGAGAACAGCUUGGACGCCGGAGCCACCAGCAUCGAGAUUGCCUUGAAAGAUUACGGAGAAGAGUGGUUUCAGGUCAUUGAUAAUGGGUCCGGCAUUUCUCCCACCAAUUUCAGGGUUCUUGCUCUUAAGCAUCAUACGUCAAAAUUGUCCGAUUUUCCUGAUCUUCAGUCUUUAACCACCUAUGGUUUCAGAGGAGAGGCACUAAGUUCUCUUUGUUCUCUUGGGACUUUGACCGUUGAAACUAGGACAAAUAAUGAGUCUGUUGCAACGCACUUAACUUUUGAUCAUUCAGGACUACUAGUUGCUGAGAAGAAAACUGCACGCCAAGUUGGAACCACUAUCAUGGUUAAGAAGUUAUUCUCCAAUCUACCUGUGCGUAGUAAAGAGUUCAGUCGUAACAUUCGAAAGGAAUAUGGCAAGCUCAUUUCAUUAUUGAAUGCUUAUGCUGUCAUAGCAAGAGGAGUUAGAUUUGUUUGCACUAAUUCUGCAGGGAAAAAUGCAAAGUCUGUGGUAUUCAAAACUCAAGGAAGUGGUUCCAUUAAGGACAACAUCAUAACAGUAUUUGGUAUGAAUACCUUCAACUGCUUGGAGUCUGUAUCUAUAUUAUUAUCGGAUGAUUGCAAAAUUGAAGGAUUUGUAUCGAAGAGUGGACAGGGAAGUGGGAGGAAUUUGGGAGAUCGGCAAUUCUUUUUUGUAAAUAAUCGACCUGUGGAUAUGCCUAAAGUGAGCAAGCUUGUAAAUGAGUUAUAUAAAAGUGCAAACUCCCGGCAAUAUCCAAUUGCAAUCAUGAAUUUCACUCUUCCAAGUAAAGCUUAUGAUGUCAACGUAACUCCUGAUAAGAGAAAAAUAUUUUUCUCUGACGAAACUCACAUUUUGCAAACAUUGAGGGAGGAAUUACUGAAGAUCUAUUCACCAACUAAUGCCUGUUAUUCUGUGAAUAAAGUUGAAGAACCUACCAAACAAGUAGAUAGCCUUGAGCUGUGUUCUGAUAAUGGGAAAUUGAGCAUGUUAUUGGAACAUUUCUCACCUGAUGGAGGUGAUCUCAGAGUUGCUUCUUCUCAUCAGCCUUUGGCUGAUGAUGAUGAUUCUUUCAAGGAAAUAAAAAAUGCGGAACAAUCCUCUCAUACUACUGAGGUAUUAAAUAGUGAUGGUGAGGAAAAUAUAACCAGAAAGGACUUCACUCUUAGAAUGCAUGGCAUGAAGAACGCUGAUGCUCUUAUAAAGGAUCGUGAUCAGCAUAAGAAAACUUAUCUCAGUAGCAAGAAAGGUGUACAAGUUACUCCUUCCUCUCCAAGUGUGACUGUUGGAGGAACCGAUACAAGCCGUGUUCAAUCUUCACUUGACAAGUUUGUAACUAUAAAUAAGAGAAAGUAUGAAAAUUUAUCUGCACCGCUGACUGAAGUGCCCAUCUUAAGGAACCAAUUUCUUAAUAAUCAAUGGAAGAAAAGCUGUGCUGAUAAACCUUCCAAGGAUGUAGAAUGCACACAUGGAAACUGCCAGGCAUUUGAUGAUUUUUCAGUAGGGAAUGAUGAAGAUAGCUCGAUACAAAUUAAAACAGAUAGAGUCUCAAGUAAACUCAGUCUUCCACUAUCCUCUGCGGACCAUAGUGAUGAUGGAGAAGCAACAGAGAAAUGUACAGGGGAAGCCAUAGCCAAGGUGCAUCCUUCUGUGAUAGAAUCUAGUGCUACACCCACCAAGGAUCUUGAGAUUAUGUCUGAGGAUCUUCCACUGUCUGGCUGUUCAGUACUUCCUUCUGGUUUUAUGAAAGAGAGCUCCAGUCCUCUGUUGAAGUUAUGUUCAACGUUUCAUUUUGAUUUUCAUGAGCUGAAGAAAAGGAGGUCGCAGAGGCGAUUGAGAUACAAAUUGAAUGGCUAUACAUGUGAACGAAAGAAGUUGAAAUGCCACUAUGCUGCUGCUACCCUGAAGCUUUCCCAACCUGAUAAUGAAGACAGGAAAGCAAGAGCUUUAGAAGCAGCUGCUAGGGAGCUGGACAGGCUCUUCAGAAAGAAAGAUUUUAGUAGAAUGAAGGUGAUUGGACAAUUCAACCUCGGAUUUAUCAUUGGGAAGUUAGAUCAAGAUCUAUUCAUUGUUGACCAGCAUGCUGCUGAUGAGAAGUACAAUUUUGAGCGACUGUCACAAUCGACAAUUUUGAACCAACAGCCUUUACUACGGCCGUUGAGGUUGGAAUUAUCUGCUGAAGAAGAAGUUGUCGUUUCAAUUCACAUGGACGUAUUCAGGAAAAAUGGAUUUACUAUAGAGGAAGAUCCACGUGCUCUAUCCAGCAAUCGAUUCAGAUUAAAAGCUGUCCCUUUUAGUAAAAAUAUAACAUUCGGAGUUGAAGAUGUUAAGGACCUGAUUUCUACACUUGCUGAUAGCGAAGGUGAAUGUUCUAUAAUCGGCUCUUAUCGGAUGGACACUGCUGAUUCAGUCUGCCCUUCCCGAGUUCGAGCAAUGUUAGCAUCUCGGGCAUGUAGAUCUUCUGUUAUGAUUGGGGAUCCUCUAGGGAGAAAUGAAAUGCAGAAGAUACUGGAGCAUUUGGCAGAACUGAAAUCUCCUUGGAACUGUCCUCAUGGAAGGCCAACCAUGAGACAUUUGGUGGAUCUUACGACAAUUAAAAGGUCUGAAGAAAGUGACGCUGAUUGUUGAAUGUUUCUUCUUUUUCAUUCUUCUUCUUCUCCUCUCUUUGGUUUAGAAUGUGGAAUCCAAAUUACGGGGUAGCUUUAAUUUAUCAGGUUAACCUGAAAUCCAUGUGAGAUUUAGUCCUCUGCUUGUGAAAUUUGUAAAUAAUUAGGAGAUAUAAUUAAGCCAUCCUUGUGUAAAAUUUAAACAGGUGUAUUAAUGAGAAGGUGCAUGCGGACCCUUCUAUUCUGGCA